GGAGGGAACGUGGCAAUAUCCAAAUAGGAGCGUUGGACAGAAUGGGAGCAUUGGCAACAGCUGCAGAGGUUCACACGAGCUUCAAUUUAUUAUUUCCAUCGAGAGGAAGAAAAGCUCGGGCAAAUAAGAAGAGGUUGAGUGUGAUUUUCCAGGAAAAGAAAGUUUCCGCUCAAAGUUUAAAAUCGAAACCCUUGAGCUCAAUCCAGGUGAAGGAGAUAGGGGAUAAAUGCAGAAAAUGGGCAUGGAAGGGCCAAUACUCUAUCAAUUUCUUCGUUUCUGAUUCUGAAUCUCGCCCUCCUCUUCUUCUUGUUCAUGGCUUCGGUGCUUCUAUUCCUCACUGGCGCAGGAAUAUUGCCACAUUAUCACAAAAUUACACUGUUUACGCUAUUGACCUUCUGGGAUUUGGUGCUUCAGACAAGCCAAAGGGUUUUGCAUACACCAUGGAGGCAUGGGCUGAGUUAAUAUUGGAUUUCCUGCAUGAAGUUGUUCAAAAACCAACUGUGCUAAUAGGAAACUCUGUCGGAAGUCUUGCUUGUGUCAUUGCAGCUUCAGAAUCACGUCAAUCUUUGGUUCGAGGGCUUGUGUUGUUGAAUUGUGCUGGUGGCAUGAACAACAAGGCAAUUGUUGAUGAUUGGAGGAUCAAGUUGUUACUACCGUUUCUUUUGCUAAUUGAUUUUUUGUUGAAGCAACGAGUAAUUGCUUCAACAAUCUUUGAGCGUGUCAAACAAAGAGAUACACUGAAGAACAUUUUAUUAUCUGUAUAUGGCAAUAAAGAGUCUGUGGAUGAAGAACUGGUAGAGAUCAUCAAAGGACCUGCAGAUGAUGAAGGUGCACUAGAUGCUUUCAUUUCCAUCGUGACAGGUCCACCAGGACCGAAUCCUGUCAAACUAAUGCCAAGGAUUUCCAUUCCUGUUUUAGUUUUAUGGGGUGAUCAAGAUCCCUUCACACCUCUCGAUGGACCUGUUGGUAAAUAUUUCUCUUCCCUGCCUUAUCAAUUGUCAAAUGUUAGGCUUUAUGUGUUGGAAGGAGUUGGACAUUGUCCCCAUGAUGACAAACCUGACUUGGUUCAUGGAAAUUUGCUUCCUUGGUUGUCUGAAGUUACGGAAAUUGUUGAUGAAUGCAAUGUAAUUAAGUAGAGGAUUCUUGAUGGUUCAUGACUCUUGUUCAUGGAUUACUUAGUUCCAGCAUAGAUAGACUACAUUGAACUUAGGUAUGAUUUCUGUUGUAAGCAAGAAAUUUCCUGUAACAUGAUCUUGGAAAUUCCAAGGUUAAUAUGUAAAGUAUUUAAAUCAAAUGAAAUAUGAAUUGCAUAUAUGUUCCAUUAA